CCGGAGCAAAAAAAAAAUUGAGAAAGGCGUGACGACUCGCUGGACAAAACACUGCCGAUGAUAGUGAAGUUGUAGUUUUUAGUGAAUUUUAUGAAAGAUAUUUGUGGAAUUUUCAUCUGAAAUAUGGUUAGAGAUAAUGACAACAUAUUUUAACGUUACAUAAAUCAUGCACCAAUCACAACAAGACCUUCUCCAAUCGCCGAAACAACCGAAUUCACGAUAACAGUUGAAAAAACAACAAGGUAAAAAUCAUGGGUAGCCUGCCAAACCUCCACGAGCUCGAUAAACUCGAGAACGCGUACAAACCAGGACCGGCUCUGGGCCAUUUGUGCGGAGGCUGCAAUGGGGCUCUAAGUACGGAAGAAAAAACAAAGAUUAUGCACAGGUAUUCGGGGCAUACUAGAAUCACGAAGGCCAUGAGCAAUCCACACGACUCCAAUAGGAUUGUCACAUGUGAUGAUGUCAUGAUCGAGCACAUGGCAACCUACUCCCCCAUCAGCACAAAAUCUCGCUUCAACUUCAACUUCCAAACGAACCCCCAAAACAGAAGGAGAGACUCGCUGAACAGCUCCAUAGGUGCCACAUCGGUGCGCAGACUUCUGGCGGUCGUGCGGGGCGGCAACGUCGCCUUUAAAAACAACUGCGCGCCGAUUUACACGAGGAGGGUCCUGCUUUCGAACCUUGCGGUACUCUGCAUGUCCCACCUGCUGGCUACCGCUGCUUUCCUGCCAUUUUUGGCUCUGCAGAGUAGCGUGUCCAUCUGGUUUACGCCUGUGAAGAGCGAGAUAGGGGUCAAUGUCAAUGUGGGGUCAUUUAUUAUGUCUAUGGUUUACCUGGUGGCUGCGGUUUUUGCUUUGAUGGCGCCCUAUGCCGUUAAGAGGGUAGGGAGUAGUAUGAUGAUAGUGUUUUGUUAUGGUAUUAUGACAAUUUUCUAUGCAGCGCACGUUUUUCCACAUUUGUACUACAUUUUGCCAGCAAGUUUAGCACUUGGUGUUUGUAUAGGACUUCUGUCUGGCGCGCACAUAUCUUUCUUGUUCACUCUUAGUCAUAGAAUUACCGGGUUGUUUCAUGAUGAGGAUGAGGAAAGUAGACAGGCUAGAAAAACAUGCGUGGUUAGAAGAGUUGCCAGAGCUUUCCAAGGGGCCCAAGAUUUCGGGCUCAUCGUUGGUUCCAUUCUGUCGGCCAUUUUAAUAAAUUACACGGUCAACAUAAAAAAUGGAACGUACAUUGCUUCGUAUGAAGAUAACAACACUACCAUAUCAGACGAUUGCUAUUCCAACAUUUCCUACAACCUUCCACAUUGUUCGAACAUCAGCCAAACGGUCGUAUUUUCCAACACCUACGACUACAACUCCUAUUUAGACAACAUUUUCGAUAGAACUGAAGAUGGAAGACUCUGCGGAUCGCAAGCUUGUCCGUACAUCUUCCAGAACGCACAGAACGCCACCGAACUGAUCAACACGAAUAAUUUCAACUUCAAAGUUCUUCCCAUCAAGUCUUCCGAAAUUUUGGCGGGAGUAUACACUGGAUGUCUUUUGGCAGCACUACUUUUAGCUGUUUUGGGUUUGGAUAAAAUCAAGAUGCUGGUCUACCAAGACCCCAUGGAACGUGGCGAGGUCAUGGCUGCCUUGAGGUCUGCCAAAGAGGCCUUCUACGAUAAAAAAUUGGAAUUAGCUGCUCCUUUGGCGGUUUUUAUUGGAGCCGAGCAAGCAUUGAUGUAUGCUGAUUUUAGCAAGUCAUACGUGGUGUGUACUUUGGGUAUACACAGGUUAAACCUAGUUUUCCUGGCUAUGGGUAUAUUGCAAUCCAUUGCAGCUUGUACUCUGAGUAUGUUGCUGAGGAGUGUAAGAAGAUACUACAUUGUCGGUGUUGGUUUUACCUUCCAUGCUUGUUUGAUCAUGGUGCUCUUGGUAUGGAAACCCAUAGAGGAUGACCCAGCUCUAUUUUACGUCAUUUCCGCUUCAUGGGGCGUUUGUAAUGCCAUUUGGGAGAUGCUGAAUUUUACACUUCUGACUGGCCUAUACUCAGACAACUGGGAAUCUGCAUUCGCAAACUCCUACUUCUACAGAUACAUGGGAUUCUCUGUUGCGUUUUCACUACACUCCCUCAUGUGCAAUUACUUCAAGCUCUACUUUCUCGGCUUCCUCAUGUUGGUAUCAGUGAUUCCGUUCACGUGGCUCGAGAUCAAGUUGGAGAACAUGCGCAAGGGAAAGAACAUCACCAGGUUAUGACGCAAGUUGAACUUUUGGUGAUCCAUGGAGAUUUUUGGUGAUGCGACAUAUCAAAGUUUUUUGGAGAAGUUUUAACGUGAUUUAGGUGAAUUUUACGUUUAGACAAACUCCAAACUCUUCAUCAUAGAUGAUAGGAAAUACCUACCCUACAAAAAAUUGUAUGAUAGAGAUAUAACUAAAGCUUUAAUAUUGUUAAAAACGUUGUAAAAUGUUGACUGUACAUUAAAAAAUCCUUUAAAAAAAUUAAAAUAUUUUUUUUGUAAACUGAUAAUUUUUUAAAGGGAUUUUUUGCACCUUAGACUAGAGUUACACUCUUAGACUUUUAGUAAAUUGAUGUGAUAAUUUAUUUUACCCAAACAAUCAUCCUAGCAUGCCAAAACAUAGAUUUAAGUAACUUAAAAUAAAAUAAAUGCAGGAUUAAUAUUGGAAAUCGCCUUGGAAACAACAAAGGGGGGGGGGGAAUGUAAAAUUUGUGUCAACUUUUGGUUUUAUUUUAAUUUUUAAAUACAUGAUCAUUUAACUUGAAACUCAAGGGGGGAAAUCAAUCGGUACUAAAAUUGGUCCUCAUACUCUCCUCCUUAUAGGGGGAACAGGGGGUAACUUUAAAAUUUCCAAUUUUUAUUGCAAAAUUCUCUUGUGCUUGUUCAUUAUUAUACUAGUAUAAUAAAGAACAACUAUUUUUACACACAACUGGUAUACUUAAUACAUAAAUAUGAUUUUAACCAUUACUCACAUAUUAAAUCAAACUUAACCUCAAAAACAAAACACAAUGUGUUUAACACAUCUAAGGCGAUUGAAAAUAUAAAUCUCUGUAAAGAAUAAUUUUAAAUAAGUUAAUGAUUGAGGAAUUGAAAAACAAACUUUCUUACGUAUAUUUAAAAAAUAACGUACUUUUUAUAAUUAAUUUUAUGUGUUAAAAAAACAUUUUUAUACAUAAUAUACAGGGUGUUUCACAUUCGUGUAGUUUCUGGAAAGUCUAUUUUUCUAAAAUAUUUUUAUGUUAUUCAUUUUUUUCGUUAAAAUUUGAGAAAUGCGCUUCAAUAAAAAAUAGCCUAUAACUUUUUUAUUUUUACGUUUGCGAAUAUGGCGGGUGAAAUUUUUGGAAUCUUAAAACUUUGCUUAAAAGAUUCCUUGUCAAUUCUUUAAAAAUUUUCAAUAUAAAAAAGUUAUUAACUUUUUAAGUUAGCCACGAAUGUGAGACACCGUGUAUAUAAAUAGGUAAACCUUGACAAUUAUUUUUUAAAUUAGUAAAAAAAACUAGUAGGCAUUAACAUUAUAGGAUUGUGACUGCAAAUGAGGUUUUUAUUAAAAUUUUAAUCAAUUAUGUAUGAAGUCAUCUAACAAUUUGCAUAUUAUAGCCAUUUCUAUCCCAAUUAUACACCGACAAUCUUUAAUUUAAUAUUUACAAACAUUUAACUAUAAAUCAAUCAUAGUUUUAAUGGAGACCUCGUAGAAACAUAUACAGAGUGGCGCAAACAAGUUAGUUAUAGUAUAUUAUGUAUCAAGUUUAAUAAACGCCAUUUUAUACACGCAUUUAAU